GGAACUACAAUUCCCAGCGUGACCCGAAAGCAGCCCGGGCAGAAGGGCGGUUGUUGCAGCUUUGGCCGAGAUUCGGGCUCGAACUUGGAAAAUGCUCCUGGCGCCUCAGGGAAGGUCCUUCUCAAAGAAAAGGAUGGGGCUGAAUCGCUGGAAACGGUUCACAAGGAAGCCGAGUCCCAAGCCUGCUUUUGGUCCUGACAAUGUGGAACACUGGAUAAAGAGAGUGGAGAAGGCCUCAGAGUUUGCAGUGUCAAAUGCAUUUUUUACUAGAAAUUCAGAUUUACCUAGAAGUCCCUGGGGCCAAAUCACAGAUUUGAAAACAUCUGAGCAAAUAGAGGAUCAUGAUGAAAUCUAUGCAGAAGCUCAGGAGCUGGUCAAUGACUGGUUAGACACCAAACUUAAGCAAGAAUUAGCAAGUGAGGAAGAAGGUGAUGCUAAAAACACUGUGUCAAGUGUCACUAUUAUGCCAGAAGCCAAUGGCCAUUUGAAAUAUGACAAGUUUGAUGAUUUAUGUGGCUAUUUGGAGGAAGAAGAGGAAAGUACCACCGUUCAAAAAUUUAUAGACCAUCUGCUCCAUAAAAAUGUGGUAGAUUCUGCAAUGAUGGAAGAUCUUGGAAGGAAGGAAAACCAAGACAAGAAGCAGCAGAAGGAUCCUCGUCUUACCAUGGAGAUGAGACAUAAGCAGGUAAAAGAAAAUCGCUUAAGACGUGAGAAAGAACUGGAGUACCAGAGAAUAGAAAAGACCCUGAAAAAAUCGGCCUUCUUGGAGGCUCAGUGUCUGGUGCAAGAAGAGAAGAAAAGGAAGGCUCUGGAGGCCAAGAAAGAGGAAGAGGAGAUUCAAAGGGAGAUGGUGAAGCUGCGGAGGGAGAUAAUUGAGAGGAGACGCACUGUGAAAGAAGCAUGGAAAAUAGAGAAGAAAAGGCAAGAAGAGAAUUCUCAAAAUAGUUCAGAAAAAGUCAUGUUUCAAAGUACUCACAUUCUUCCAGAUGAGGAAAAAAUGGCGAAGGAAAGAAAAAGGAAAUUGAAAGAAGUAUUAAUCCAAACUUUCAAAGAAAAUCAACAGUGUCAAAAACGGUAUUUCGCUGCCUGGCACAAGCUGAUUCUUGAUCAUAGGAUUAAGCUGGGGAAAGCUGGGACCGUGUCUGACUGGAAGAUUCAGCUGAAGGUCCUGCGGGCCUGGAGAGACUACACAAGAUUCCAGAAGUUGGAGCGGGAGACUCAAGCCUUGGAAAAUGAUCUUAGGGAAGAAAACAGAAAACAACAACUGGCCACUGAGUAUAACCGGAAACAAGUUCUCCGACACUGCUUUACAGAAUGGCAGCAUUGGCAUGGCGCCGAGCUCCUGAAGAGAGAGCUGGCUCUCACAAAAGAGGAAACUAGGAAGAAGAUGGAUGCACUGCUGCAGGCAGCAUCACUGGGGAAACUCAGUGCCAAUGGGUUAUCAGGCAUCAGUCUACCUGAGGAGGCAACAGCCAUGGUGGGUCCACCAGUAAAAAAUGGACAGGAGACUGCUGUGCCCCCUUUGUGGGAAAAGCCUCCCUUGGGAAGCAGUGGUUGUAUGCUCAGUCCUCCCCUGGGAAGAACAACAACAAGCAACUUGCAGGGUUCCCUUCAGAAUGUCUCUUUGAGUGCACCUGGCAAUAAGCAGCACAAGACCCUGGGUGCUGAACCCUCUCAACAGCCUGGCAGCAACGAGACACUCGGAACUACCAGCCAGAAAGCAGAACCACUUUGCUUGGGUCAUUUCCACAACCGCCAUGUCUUCCAGCAACAGCUGAUUGAGAAGCAAAAGAAGAAACUUCAGGAACAGCAGAAAACAAUUCUCGACCUGAAGAAAAACCAGCAGCUGGCAGAGGCUCAGUGGGCAGCAGAGCGUGCCUUAGCAGUCACAGAUGCACAGAGCCACCUGCUGUCAAAGCCCAGAGAAGAGGAACCAAGAACCUGCCAGAUGCUUGUGAAUUCACCUGUUGCUUCCCCUGGGACUGAAGGCAGAAGUGACUCCCGAAAUUCUCUUUCUGGACUCAGAAGGAAACCAAAGCAACUGAUGACACCGCAUCCCAUACUAAAAGCUAUGGAAGAGAGAGCAGUUCAACGAGCUGAACGUAGGCGGAUCUUGGCAGAGAAGAAGAAAAAACAAGAAGAAGAAAAAUUGGCCCAGUUAAAGGCCCAAGAGGAGGAACGUCAGAAAAGGGAGGCAGAAGAAAAGGAGGCACAGCUUGAAAGAAAACGAGAAGAGAAGAGACUGAAGAAAAUGAGAUGGGGUCUCACUGUGUUGUCCAGGCUGGUCUUAAUUUCCCGGGCUCAAGAGAUCCUCCCACCUUGGCCUCCCAAAGUGAAAGAACUUGAGAAGCAGAAGAGAAUUAAGAGGAACCAGCAGCUGGAAGCAAUAGCCAAAGAACAUUAUGAAAGGGUCUUGCUAAGGAAAAAAGGUCUAGAGCCUUGGAAGAGAUUGAGAAUGCAAAGCAAACAAAACAUCCAGGUGGCAGAAGAACAUUACUCUUUGUUCCUGCAGAGGAAAUAUCUGCUGACGUGGUUCCAGCGUAGUCAGGAAAGUCUGGCUAGAAAGAUGGCCCAGGCUGAUCAAUUUUAUUCCCAAAUACUGCUUAAGAGAGUCAUCCGGAGCUGGCUACAGUAUGUGAUUGAUCUGCAGGAAGAAGUAAGAAAAUUUUGUGUACAUUUUCUUCAAAAGAAGAUUUUCAGGGCCUGGUUUAACAUGGUCAGGGAGGUGAAGAUCGAUUCUCAGGGCAAGCAUGAGAUUGCAGCGGAGCACAGUGACAGGAGGAUCCUCUGGAUCACACUUCGGACAUGGAAGAAGUUUGUAAAAUUUAUGAAAGAGGAAAGAGUAAAAGAAGAAAGGCGACAGCAACUUCGUAGGAAGGUAGUUGAAAUUCUUCCAGACUUCCAGGUACCUGGAAGGUACCACGAGCUAUAUCAGCAAUCAGAUACUUGGUCCUUGAGUAAGACAAGUCUUUGGUGAACCAAUGAGCCAGAUUAGUGUAAUAUUUAGGACAGGAAGCUCAACUAGUCUGUAUGUGUGUUAUCUCCACCCACCCACCCACACACAUACAUACAUACACCUGGUUUAUUCUCUACGAGCUACUUCUUAGAUCAAAGGAAUUAUUUUGAGAAUUUUUAUUCCCUUCUUUGACUUUUCCUGGAUUGCUAGUCAUUCAGUAUAGCAUUUAUCACAGUGGGAUCAUCCAAAGGAACAUUCUAGAGAUCCUCUGUUCAAAUAUAUCCUAUAUAUUUUUAGCAUAGUAAACUUUAAAAAGGACAAGUGUUUGCCUGACUGAGCCUGUGAAGAAAAUGUGUCCGUAUAGCUCGACAGGAGUUGCUGAUGUGACCUUAAUGAAACAGAAAUAAACAGGAGUGAGUGCUCGGAAAGGAAGGGCGGCCAAGGCACUCAGCCUUCUAGUGCAGUAGCUUCAGUGACACGCACCCCACCAGACCUCGUCCACUUUCACCACCCCUGAAGGCAGACCAUGUAUGAAAAGGUUCUCUACACAGCUGCUGCAGAGGACAGCAGCUUAUCCUGAUUUCAGAGAAACUGAGGCACCAGAGAUGCUUCUUUUCCGUGCACCUUGAUAAGCAUGAAGGACAUUCCAAAAGGUAGUAACUCGAUAUCAUGACAGUCCAGCAAUUCAUUAAAUUAUCUGUUCAUGCUCCCAACUGCAACUGCUGAAUAAUACACUCAAUUUGUCUUCUAGUACUCAGCUCAGUUUGAUCUAGAUAUUGAGAUACCUAUCUUGAAUUCAAAGAAUGUUUUCAUCUUUAAGGUGCUAUAAAGACUGAUAAAAUGCUCUCUUCUAUGAAUUGUGUUAGAGAAUUACCUGCUAGAAAAAUAAUUUUUCAUUAUAAAAUACACAUUUAUUAUAUAACAAAUUCAAGUAGUCCAUAAAUGCAUAUGGUAAAAUGAGAAAGUCCUGUGCAGUCCUGAGAUGAUUACUCUUAUUUGGUGUGCUGAAAAUUUGAGUUGACAAAAUAAAAUAAAAUUCUGUGGUUUUUUAAGUGAA